UUGAGCUUCACGUCGCUGACCCAACACUCAUUGGAAGAACAGCCUUCAAACAUAGACUGUGCCUCACAAUAAAUCCACAACUUUCAUUUGAUUUUAUAAAAUCUUUGCGUUUUUCCUCAUGAAGAUUCGAGGUUUGUAGAUGCAAAACUUCACUUUUGUUGCGCCAUCGCGCGCGUAUACUGAAACGAAUCCACACCCGCUGAGACUUGCCCAUCUUCUGCAGUCGGGAAAACAGCAAGGAGAAGAGGAUACACGUUCAGUAAUUUUUAACUAAAGAGGCCUCGAUACUCAUUACCAAAGUUUCCAAGAAAUUCACAUGCGCACCAGGAAAGGGAAAUAUUUCCUCUUCGCGAAUCCCGUUUCCUCAGCGCAUUCGGAGAAAGCAGGAGCUUGAGAAAUCAUGCUGGUUUCUGUGGAGAGGGGCAAGAUACUAAAGUUUCCCUCCUGAAGGUUAGAUGAGUCGGUCUGAGCUGUAGAAAUCGACGCGUUUUCCCCGAGAAACAAGGAGUUAUGCGCGACUCAUUCACGAGACACGGAUUUUAAUUGACAGAGGAAGGCGAGGAUUACGUAGGGAUUAUUAUACAUCAAAUGACGACCUGAUCUGAGAGUCUUAGUCCUUCCCAUCCAUUUUGAGAAUGAAAGUGUUCCAGAUUGGGCCGCUGAGGCUCGCUCUUCUAGUUCUGCUGAGCGGUGUGUCAUUUGGAGUGGUUGAACUGGAGCCCCUCGCUCAAAACCAGCCUCAGUCUCUUAGUCCCCAUCCACCUCAACAGAACAUCACCCUGGCAGUCAUCCUUCCUCUACACAACACUGAGUACCCCUGGGCAUGGCCCCGGGUUGCCCCUGCCUUGCACUGGGCCCUGGACAAGGUGAACUCGGACCCCAACCUGCUGCCAGGUUACCAUCUACACCUGGUCUUCAACAGCAGCGAAAACAAGGAAGGAGUGUGUUCGGAUUCAGUGGCUCCUCUCGUGGCCGUGGACCUGAAGUUCUCAUAUAACCCCUGGGCUUUCAUUGGGCCGGGUUGUGACUACUCGUCCUCACCUGUGGCCCGUUUCACCACACAUUGGGAGGUUCCGAUGAUCACAGGUGGGGCGAGAGCACUGGGUUUCAAUUUGUACUCGUCCAUCACCAACAUCGGCCCAACGCACAAAAAGCUGGGCGAGUUUGUGGUCAGGAUGCACCGGCAUUUCGGUUGGAACAAACACGCCAUGCUCAUGUUUAGCGAUAAUAAGAAAGACGACCGGCCGUGCUACUUUGCCGUGGAGGGGCCGUACACACAGAUGCGCGAGGACAACAUCACAGCAGAUGACUUGGUGUUUAAUGAGGAUGAUGAACCCGUCCGUUACGAAGUGCUUCUCCAGGACAUCAGCCAGAAAGCCCGUGUGGUGUAUGUCUGCUGCAAGUGGCAGACGUUUCGCAAGCUGAUGGUGGAGUUCUUGAGGUUGGGUCUUCCUCAGGAGGAGUACGCCUUCUUCUUCAUUGAUCUGUUUGGAUACAGUAUGCAGAGCCACCCUGCCAAACCAUGGGCACGCGGAGAUGCUGAUGACAAUGUGGCCAAGGAAGCAUUUAAAAACGUGAAGAUCCUGACCUACAGAGAGCCUCAGAACCCCGAGUACAAGGACUUUGUGUCCAAACUGAAGACAGAUGCCAUGGACAUGUUUAACUUCAGUGUAGAAGAUUCUCUGAUGAAUCUGAUUUCUGGCUCAUUCCACGAUGGAGUCAUGCUGUAUUCCCAUGCACUAAAUGAGACUCUGGAUCGGUCAGGUGUGAGGCCCCCAGGGGACGCGAUCAAUAAAAGGAUGUGGAAUCGCACAUACCAUGGGGUUACUGGACUUGUUCAACUGGAUGAGAAUGGCGAUCGGGAGAUUGACUUUGCUCUAUGGGACAUGACCGACAUGUCUACAGGAAUUUAUCAGAUUGUGUCAGUGUAUAAUGGCAGUCAAAAGCAAAUGAUUCCGGAGCCAGGGAUGACGGUGUACUGGCUAAAGGGAAAUCCACCUCCAGAUAUCCCACUGUGUGGCUUCAAAAAUGACGACACUGCCUGCCUGGCAAAGACUGUCACCAUGCACCAGAUGAUCUCCAUAGUGGUGUGCUUCAUUUUUAUCAUCAUCGUAACCGUCACAGUCUUCAUAUACAGGAAGCUGAAGCUGGAGAAUGAGUUGACUGCUCAGCUGUGGCGUGUGCACUGGGAGGACAUCCAGAUGAGUAACAUGGAGAAGGUGCUGCGCAGAGCCUGCAGUAAACUCACCAUGUCAUUGAGAGGCUCGAACUAUGGCUCACUGCUGACUAUGGAGGGAAACUUCCAGAUCUAUGCCAAGACUGGCUAUUACAAGGGAAACAUAACAGCCAUUAAGUAUGUCAACAAGAAGCGCAUCGAGCUCACCAGGAGAGUGCUGUUUGAACUCAAGCAUAUGCGUGAUGUACAGAAUGAACACCUGACACGAUUUAUCGGUGCUUGUAUCGACCCACCAAACAUCUGCAUCCUUUCUGAGUACUGUCCUCGAGGAAGCUUACAGGACCUCAUGGAGAGUGAAGGAAUCACGCUGGACUGGAUGUUUCGCUAUUCUCUGAUUAAUGACAUUGUUAAGGGAAUGGUGUUCCUACACAACAGCGUCAUUGUCUCCCACGGCAACCUGAAGUCUUCCAAUUGCGUGGUGGACAGCCGCUUCGUGCUGAAGAUCACUGAUUACGGCCUGGAAAGUUUCCGCAAGGAGAACAGCUUGGAGGACAUGCACUCUCUAUAUGCACGCAAGCUGUGGACGGCCCCCGAGCUUCUGCGUGCUGACAGCCCACCUGUGUGUGGGACACAGAAAGGUGACGUCUAUAGCUUUGGCAUCAUCCUGCAGGAACUCGCCCUGCUCAAGGGCGUCUUCUACCUGGAAGGCCCCUGUCUCAGCCCUAAAGAGAUCAUCGAGCGUGUGGCGGAGGGCCGCUGGCCGUACCUGCGUCCGCUGCUGUGUCCUCAGAGCCACAGCGAUGAGUUGGGACAGCUGAUGCAGCGCUGCUGGUCAGAAGACAUCAACGAGAGGCCCGACUUCAACCAGAUUAAAGUACUGCUCCGCAAGAACAACCGUGGAUAUGGUUCCAACAUCCUGGAUAACCUGCUGUCCCGUAUGGAGCAGUAUGCUAAUAACCUGGAGGAGCUGGUGGAGGAGAGGACACAGGCGUACCACGAGGAGAAGCGUAAAGCUGAAGCUCUGCUCUAUCAGAUCCUCCCACACUCCGUGGCUGAGCAGCUGAAGCGAGGUGAGAUGGUGCAGGCAGAAGCCUUUGACUCGGUCACCAUCUACUUCAGUGACAUUGUGGGCUUCACCGCAUUAUCAGCCGAAAGCACACCCAUGCAGGUGGUGACGCUGCUGAAUGAUCUCUACACUUGCUUUGAUGCAAUCAUCGACAAUUUUGACGUGUACAAGGUGGAAACCAUAGGUGACGCAUACAUGGUUGUGUCUGGCCUUCCUGUGAGGAACGGGAAACUGCACGCCCGUGAGAUCGCCCGCAUGUCUCUGGCUCUGCUGGAGGCUGUGCACUCUUUCCAAAUCCGCCACCGACCCGACCAGCAGCUCCGCCUACGCAUCGGCAUCCACAGCGGCCCCGUGUGUGCUGGGGUGGUUGGUUUGAAAAUGCCUCGGUAUUGUUUGUUUGGCGAUACAGUCAACACGGCUUCACGCAUGGAAUCCAAUGGAGAAGCCCUGAAGAUCCAUGUUUCAGAGGCCACAUGGGCUAUCCUGCAGGAGAUCAACUGCUUCCAGCUGGAGCUCAGGGGAGAUGUGGAGAUGAAGGGAAAGGGCCGGAUGAGGACGUACUGGCUGCUAGGAGAGAUCAGCUCCAAUAAUGCCUAAAAACUGACGGACAAGGAGAAAGAGCAAUGCACCUGAGAGGAGAGAACAAAACAAACACAUCUAAACAAGUACUGGGACAGCGGGACGAAAGACGAUUUCUUCAGAAAAAGAUCAGACUUAGAAAGUACUGUUUCAAACCUUGGUCUUGUUCAUCAUUCAUCUCCCAAAAGCUCAAGUUAUUGCUUCACGGGAAUCCAGCGGUGACUUCUUUUGCCAAGUAAACUCAAAAGAAAAAAACUAUACUUGAGUAGAAUGGUUUAGACAGUUGGAAGAUGACAUAAAGGACUGUCAGAUCAGUGACCACUGAGCUGAGCGGACCUUCUGCUGGUGUGUUUACGGGUCUCAUACGAGGUUUGACUUCUCUUUUGUCGUGAUAUGCUAGGUAUUGUCCAGAUUUUUUACAGCAGUCAUUAGGAGUCCUAUGGGUCUGUUUGUUGUUGUUCAUGUUAUUAGUCAUGCAGAGACACAGUGCUGUAGUCACUCUAGUUUUUUAACUGCGAAAUGUUCUCCAUUCCUCCCCUGGGAUGCAGGUCAGUUCAGAUCUCUUCAAUCUUCCAGAUCCGAUCCAGUCAGCAGAGGGUUUUGAACCACAGAUGAAAGUUGCGCACAUAACAGAAAUAAUAAUAAAUGGCAAGUGUGAUUAAGAAAGCAUAGAAAUGUGCAAUGAUGGAUUUUGUUCUUAGAUCUCAAGACAGAAAAUCCACAUGUAUUGAUGUUGCAAUCGUGUUUUGGAUGAAACCAGCACCAACACUUUUAACUCCCAGAAUGUGAGAUAUUUCCAAAUGGAACUCUAUUUUAUCCAUUGGGUUUUAAUUUAAGCAUUAUUAAUGGUUAAUAUUAUUUUAUUCCAUUAUGAGAUUCCACUCUGAUCCAUUCGUCAUGUCAGUAAGAUUUAUUUAAAGAAAUUAAUACUUUUAUUCAGCAAAGAUGCAUUAAAUUGAUCAAAAGUUACAAAAGACUGAUAAUGUUUUUAACAUUGAUAAUAAUAAAUGUUUCUUGAGUAGUUAAUCAUCAUAUCAGAAUGAUUUCUGAAGGAUCAUGUGACACUGAAGACUGGAGGAAUGAUGCUGAAAAUACAGCUUUACAUCAUAGCAAUAAAUUACAGCAUAUUCAAAUAGAAAACACUUAUUUAAAAGUUUAAGAAUAUUUCACAAUGUCAGUUUUACUGUAUUUUUGAUCAAAUAAAUGCAGCUUUGUUGAUAAUAAGAGACUUAUUUAAAUCUUAUCGACCGCAAACUUUUGAACAGUAGAGUAGAUUAUGGCAAAAUACUUCUAUAUCUAUAUCUUGCAAAAUAUUGAAGAACAAACAAAUUAUGUGACACACAGCUAUAAUAAAAUAACACUUGUAGUGAAGCAAACAGCAAAAUGUGUAGACAUUCAAAAAGCGUACUUCCUGUCGAAGCUGCUUACAUGUUAUUUAAUUGUAUUUUUUUCCUAAAAUAACAAGUUUCAAACAAUUAUCCAUUAAAGCACGAAUAAUAGCUGGAACCUACAACUGUAGUAAGUCAGCUAUGUUUGGUUGCAUUUUUAUGUAGGAUUAUAAAACAAACUUUUGUUUCUUCAGAAUGUGGAAAAGAGCAAGAACAGAUAUUUAGUAAAUAGGGUCAAUUUUGACUUAUGUUUUCAAUUAGCAUAAUGCCUUAGGUUUGGAUGUUGGAAAGUUGAUCCAACGUCAACAUUUCUACAUGUACACAUCACACACUGUUUAAUAUGAAUCAGCUCACAGUGUUUUGAAGAUCAUGUCAGAUUUGUCAGAUCUUCGCCUAUAUUAAUGUGCACUCAGUUCUGAUAACAUGAAACCUUCUAACCAACAGCUUCCUGCUGCACAUGACAAAAUCUCAGCUAUUCCCAAUUCCAUCCAGCAGGAAGCAAAUGUAAAUCAAGUUUAAGAUCAAAUUAAAUCUCAUAUUCCUUCCCCAUUCUGAAAACUUUCACGGAUUCGGGUGUUUUGUAAGGUGUCAGUUCUGCAGCGCUGCUCGCCUCCCUGUGUCUAAGCUGAGAUAAUGAAGACGGGGUCGGUGUCUUCUGGGAUGGUAUGAUGCAUUUCAGUACAAUCUGAACUCUCUGAUCCACUUCGUGCGCUGAUGACUGCAUACAGUACAUCCUGAGAGGAAACAGUCCAGCGAUUAUCUGAUGGCAUUAAAAGCUGCUCUAUAUUGGAAAUAAACAUGAAUGUCUGGCCCAGAUGUAAAUAAAUGCAGUGUUUUUCCACAUGACUUCUCAGUCAGUCAAACUGUAGCAGUGCAGCACAUGAGAUCCUGACUGAUCAUGUCAGACUCUGAUGUACAGUCUUUAAGAAGCAGCUCUUCUUGCUUUCCUGUUGGGAGGGCAUGAAUAAUGACUAUUGUUUUAUCUGUCUUCUGUGUGUGGUUUGAAUAGCUGGGUCUGUGGGGAUAUUGGGAUACAUUACUACAAAGACUUUAAGUGAAGUUUAAAUUGAUUAUUGUGUUUUUUUUAUGUUUGAGGGGAAGGGAGUUAUGUAAAAUAAACAUAUUACAAACACUGAGACCUGUUCACUAAAUAUUUUAUUUCUAAUGGUGUACAGUAAUCUAUUUGUCUCACAAAAUUAGCCUUUGAAAGAAUAACGCCGGUAAGUACUUCUAUAUUAGCACUGUUCAGUUAUAUUUUGGCAGAAAUUGCCAAGUGUAAUUUCUCUUUGCCAAAUCAACCUUUACGUUUUCCAUUUUUGC